AUGGAAUAAGAUUAAAAAUACGGAUUAUAAAAUAUUUUAGAUAAAAAAACAUUAAAAUGGAUAUUUGUAGGUGGAAAAGGAGGUGUAGGAAAAACAACAACAUCAUCCAGUUUAGCAACAUUAUUAUCUAAAAACGGUUCUAAAGUAUUAAUUAUAUCAACUGAUCCUGCACAUAAUUUGUGUGAUUGUUUUGAUUAAAAAUUUAACGGAAAAGAGCCAGUUCCAGUAAAUGGUUUAUAAAAUUUAUAUGGAAUGGUAUAAAAUAUUUAUAUAUAAACAUCUUUAUAUGUAUAUAUUAAGGAAAUCGAUCCGAAAAUAGAUCCCGAAUCUAUAAAAUUUCCUGAUUUUACUGGUUUUUAAACUGAUUAAGCUUCUUAAACAUUUAUGUCUGAAAUAAUAAGCUCAGUUCCAGGUAUUGAUGAGGCUAUGAGUUUUUCAUAAUUAGUAAAUUCAUUAGAAAAAUACGAUUUUGAUGUUAUAGUAUUCGAUACAGCACCUACUGGUCAUACUUUAAGACUCUUAAAUUUCCCUAGUCUUUUAGAUAAAGGUAUUGAGAAAUUAUUGUCUUUAAGACAGAAAUUUACAGGAAUAUUAGGAUAACUUUCUGGAAUAGUAGGAAAUGAAUAAGAUUAAGAUUAAAUUUUUAAUAAAGUUUUUUAAAAUUUAGAAAAAAUGAAAAAAACUGUCGAAAAAGUUAAUGAAUAAAUGAAAGAUCCUUAAAAAACUACCUUUGUAGCAGUUUGUAUUCCAGAAUUUUUAAGUAUGUAUGAAACCGAUAGACUUGUAUAUUAAUUAGCUAAAUAUGAAAUUGAUAUUUCUAAUAUUAUAAUUAAUUAAGUUUUGUUUCCAAAUGAUACGUGUAAAAUGUGUAAAGCUAGAUCUAAAAUGCAAAAGAAAUAUAUUGAUUAGAUUAUUGAAUUAUAUGAAGAUUUUCAUAUUUAAAUUGUUCCUUUAUAAGAAAAUGAAGUAAGAGGUGUUCAGAGUUUAUAAAGCUUUUGUGGGCUUUUAUUGGUUAAAUAGACUUUACCUUAAAUUCCUUAAUGAGAAAUUAAAUAUAUUAUAUAAUUUUUUGUGUAUUUUUUAUUAUUAAAAUUCAAAAAUUUUAUUUAUUU